ACUCCGUCCCCAUUCAAGGUGCGGCAAAGGAACAGGUGCGUGAAGAAUCUCUGAGAGCUUUAUCAACUCAAAAUACCACCUCUGUCUGCCGACUUAUUCUCACAAAGCUAAGGGACACGCUAAAAUAUAACAACAGAGAACUUUUAUCAACAGCAAAGCUAAACACCGUGAGACAGUGAGAAGAGGAUUUACCUUCACAGCAGGCGGACGUCGUCUUUUUUUAAAUAGUCGAACAAGAAUAAAAAGAAGAGGAAAAUGGCCAACAAAGGUCUGCAGAUUUUGGGAUUCGCCCUCGCUCUUCUGGGUGUAAUUGGAUUGAUAAUUGGCACGAUUUUGCCGCAGUGGAAGAUGUCUGCGUACGUUGGUGACAACAUCAUCACGGCGAUAGCCAUGUACGAAGGUCUGUGGAUGUCCUGUGCUUUCCAGAGCACAGGCCAAAUCCAGUGCAAGGUGUACGACUCCAUCCUGCAGCUCAACAGUGCCCUUCAGGCAACCCGCGCCCUCAUGGUUGUGAGUAUCAUAGUAACGGUGGCUGGCCUAGGCGUAGCCUGCAUGGGAAUGAAGUGCACCAACUGUGGAGGAGAUGACAAAACGCGCAAGUCCCGCAUUGCUAUGACUGGUGGCAUUAUUAUCCUCAUCGGAGCUUUGUGUUCAAUUGUCGCCUGCUCUUGGUACGCUCACGACAUCAUCCAAGCCUUCUACAACCCUUUCACGCCUGUCAACACGAAGUAUGAGUUUGGUGCUGCCAUAUUCAUCGCCUGGGCUGGAGCAUUCCUGGCUGUAGUAGGAGGCGGCAUGCUGGCUGCAUCCUGCCCAAGAGGAAAAUCAACACCGAAAUACCCCAUCUCCAGACCCCCCAGCAGCAAGGAAUAUGUUUGAACAGGACUGUGAACACUUUCAUGUUUUUAUUUUCUAUUUUAGUUUCUUCAGGGCUGCCCUGUGAUGUUACUGUAAUAUUAUUUUAACAAAGGCAUUAAAGUUUUAAAUGAUGGCUGUUUACUUCUUAAAGAGCUCAUUGACCUUGCCCUGUCUGGAACUACAUUUAGUGCUUACUGAUGUGUAUACUGUAUAGUAUACUUCUCACUUAGCUGACACCUGGAAAGCACUCAAAGUUAAGGUGAAACACCCACUACAUGUUAUGUAAUUUGGUAUGUAGAAAUAGUUUUUUGACAUGCUACAGAGUGCAGUGCAUUGGAAUGCACAGUGUGCUUCGGGGGGGUAAUGGUUUUUAAGAUGUGGCAAUGGACAACUUUAUCAUACAAUUCAUAAAUGUAGGCCGAAUGCAUAGCAGUUCAUCAUCUGGCACCUGAGAAACAAUUUUCUACCAUUAUUUCUAUGUAUUUGUGCCUUAUUUAUGUGACGCCUACACAUCAGUCAGUACCACUGCAGUUUAGUUUUUAAUCAAGUGCCGGAGUGAAAUCAUAACUAUAUAAAUGACUGUAUGCUGAUUUCUUUAACCCAGAUUGCCAUUUUUUUCUGAUGCACACCGAGCAUGACAGAUGUGAGUUAUCUAUUUGUUCUGUAAUUAUGUUUGUGUGAAUGCGCUUGGCUCAUUGCUACUGUUUUUAUAGUCACCAAGCUGUUGCAUCCAUCAAAUUAAUUUUUUAAAAAAGUUUUAAAAUGUUGGUGUUUAUGUUGUACAUAAAAUAAAAGUGGAAAAUUUA